UGAGAGAGGACCAUGCGGCGCACAGCAUCAUCAUUAUCUUCAUCAUCAUCAACCAAACCCAGCUGAGGAAUAAUGUCAGUGAACAACAGCACGGGGCCAUUAGGCCUACAGGUGACAGAGGAAUACACCUGCGUGCGUUUUUACGUGUCCACCGUGUCCUUCUCGGUGCUGCUCUUCUUCAACCUCAUCAUCAACUGGACCAUCGUGCGCGUGGAGCAGCUCCGGAGUCAUGCCCGCUUCGUGCUGGUCUUCCACCUGCUGGUGUCCGCCCUGGUUUACCUGGGCAUGAGCAGCAUCUUCUACUACCAGAUCCACCUGGACGCACGGCUGGGCCGCUCCGCCUGCCUGGCCAUGAUCACCAUCCUGAUCAGCAGCGCCUCCAACAUCCUGCUGACGCUCACGGUCAUGGCUUUGGACCGUUACUGCGCCGUGUGCCACCCGAUGCGCUACAGCUCCACCUGCACGGCGGGGCGCUGGCCCUGGCUGAUGGGUGCCGUCACCUGGCUGGUGGCUUUGGUCAUUCCCAUCAGCCUGCUCCUCCGCCCGCACUCCCAGGCCGCUGGGGCCGCUUAUAACGGAGUGUGUGACCGGGAGCAGCUGAAAAACUUCCAGCUACAGAAGGUGUUGUUCGUCGGUGUGUGCACCAUACUCAUACUGUACAGCUAUGUGAGGAUACUGGUGGAGGGGCGGCGGUUAGGGGUGCUGAACCGGCGCAACCGGGCCGGGUGCAGGACGAUCGCCCUGCACGGCACCCAGCUGGCGGUGUACAUCCUCCCUAACUUUGUGAACUACGUGCUGACGGUGUUGGUCAACAAGAUGCUCAUAACGCGGGAGACCAAAGAGCUGUCGGCCGUGGUUAUCUUCGCUUUCUUCAGCUUGGCGCAGUGCGUUGCGCCCGUUGUUUACGGUUUGCGUAAAGAGGAACUUCUGGAGCAGUUGAGUCACAGGUUCCCCUGCUGUUCCCGGUACUUGAAGAGUGUCCUCGGCUGGACCGUGCGCAACAACUGGACACACACCCAACACAUUACACGGGAGCGGACACUGACGGCACAGACGAUCAUCUCCCUACAAGUCUCACAAGCCCCAGAGGAGGAGGAGGAAACAAGGCCGAUCCCAGUCAGGAGUUCCUCACAUGACUCAGACUCAUGUCAAGGCGAUAUGGACAAUGCCUGAUGGGGAAAAAGCAGGUCAAUGUCAGGAUCCUGGCCGCCACAGGGACGUUUGAAUGUGGCUCAACUCAGGCCUGGAAGGAAAUAAAGGAACCGCGUGGACAUAAGAAUACGUGAAGGUUUCUUUUGACCUCUUGCCAGGAGAGCACAUGUGGAGCUGAUCAAUGGUCAACAGCCGAAGACAAUGUGGUUUCAGAAAAAGUGGGCAGUUCUCUUAUUCUAUAUCCCGGCUGGUUCAGGGAAACUCAAGACUUCAGGCCACCUCUAGGACCUCUAUGCUGCCAACAGCCCUCCAUCCUUUGGAUCUAAAAUGACUGGGAUGGACUUAAACAUAUCUUCUGGUGAAUGUGUUUCCAUGUAACUGUGUGGAUAUUGAAAUCAAGGAAAGGGAGGGCACAAUUCCCUUUCUUGCUGAGACAGAUGAGAAUAUAUACCACUGUGGGACAGGAUGGACACCCAGUGUUGUUUCGAGUAUCAAUAUGAGCAAUAAUAAGAUUCAUACAGGAACAACUCAUCUCAUGUUAGAUCACAUUCUGGGCAUGUGAACGCACAAUCUCGUUAAUUUAUUUCAAUACAAUAAAUGUUGUACAUUACUGCACCCCAUGGAUAUGUUACAUUUGUAUGUUUCACAUGUAGCACAUGGAGAACUAGUUUUCCUCGUGUUGUGACAACACUGAGGUUAACGGGUGGUUAGGUUUUGGCACAAACAAAUGUGGUUAAGGUGAAGAAAACAUCAUGGCAUGACCUACAAUAGCUUACCCACUUUUGUUGCUACAUAUGCAGACUGUACACGGCCUGACCUCUCUGGGCUGGUUAUUUAUCAUUAAAGGCUUUUUCACAUUUUCACAUACAUGUGAUUAAAGAAUAAACAGAAAAGUAAAAACAAACACAGGAUGUUUGGCAAGUUAUUUGAUGGUGAUUAAAUAUAUAUUCAGAAGUAGGUAAAUCAUGACACAUUUCUUAGAUGCAAGGGGACCAAAAUUCUACGUCAGAACAAUGUCAAAUGCCAACGUUGCUUAGCUUUGAGAAGCAGGAAGCAGCUAGCCCAUCCAAACAUGAACAAAAAAUGCUUCUAAAGUUCACAAAUUUGCUUUUUAUAUUGCAGAAAUUGUAAUUUGUACAUUUCAUAGUUUUUGUGUGGAGUAAACACCAAAUAUAUGUGUUAAUUGGUGAACUCUACAGGUGCUGGUAGGCAGAUUUGUUAGCUAGCUUGGUUAUGCUAACCAUUUUCCAGUUUCCAGUCAUUAUGCUAGGCUAAGCUAAUCAUAUCAUAGUUUUAUCUUCAAAUCUAAUAGAGUUACAAUCGUAUCCAUCUGCUCAUCUAGCUAACUCUCGACAUUAAAGUGAAUACACACAUUAAAAAAAAUGUUCAGGCUAGCCGUUUUCUAGUUUCCAGUCUUUCUGCAAGGCUAAGCUAACUGAAUCAUAGGUAGCUUCAAAUUUGACUGAGUUAUAAUGUUCUGCUCAUCUAGCUAAGUCUCGAUAUUAAAGUGAAUAAACACAUUAACAUAGCAUUUUCACUUUUAUGGCAAGUUAGCUCAAGUUUUACUCAACUUCAGGCUACUUGCUAGCUUUAUUAGGCCAGCCGUUUUCCAGUUUCCAGUCUUUAUGCUAGGCUAAGCUAACCACAUUCCAAUGGUUAUAAUGUUAUCCUGUCUGCCCAUCUGGCUAACUCUCGACAUUUAAGCUAAUAAACACAUUUCCAAAAAAUGUUUACCUUUAUGGCAAGUUAGCUUAAGUGUUACUCAAUGUUGAGCUAAGAAUGAGAAUUUGUUAGCUAGCUUUGUUAGGCUAGUUGUUUUCCAGUUACCAGUCUUCAUGCUGGGCUAAGCUAACCAGAUAUUAUCUUUAGCUUCAAAUUUAAUUAGUGAGUUAUAAUGUUCUACUCAUGCAGGUAACUUUCUACACUGAAGUGAAUAAACACACACAAAAGAUGUUAUGGCUAGCCACAACA